AUGUAUGGCAUUUCAUGUUUGGAAACGCGAAGUUUAAAGACUCACCAGAUGGAAAUUGGGGAACGGGAGCUGAUCGAAACUAAUGAGGGCUUUUGUGGAGAUAAGAAAAAGUGUCGGGAAGUAACAUACGGACGUGAUCCCUCUCAUACUCAUCAUUACAUGUUCGAAAUCGGGUCCAUGAUUAUUGAUGCAACGAAAAAGGGAAAUUGCUCUCGCUUUAUGAAUCACUCUUGUGAACCAAAUGCAGUUUGUGAAAAGUGGUACGUCCCACGUACGCCAUGUGCCAUUGACAGAAUAGGUUUUUUUGCAAAGCGUGAUAUUGAACUUGGAGAGGAGAUAACAUUUGAUUAUCAAUUCGAAAACUAUGGACGAGAAGCGCAGCGAUGCUUUUGUGGUGCCGCUUCCUGUACAGGCUGGAUUGGAAAACCACCAGAGAUGAUGGAGGAUGACACGGUAGACGAGGAAGUUGAUUCCCCAAGUGACGAGACUGAAGAGAGUGACGAUGAAGACAUGAAAGUACGUCCAUCCUUCAUGGUUCUGCAGCUGUUACUUGCAAAUAUUUGUUACAACAUUAUAUUACAGCUAAGUGAACGGGUUGUUAUACGUCGCAAGAAGGCAUAUCGGUACUCCAGCCGCGAUAAUGUGACCGUAGAGGAUGUUGAAAAAAGGCUGGCUAAGGCUCUCGGAACUGGAUGCCGAAAUAAAACUCAUGUUUUGGGGUGGAUCAAGUUAAUGGUCAGUUUCACACGUUUUUGCUGUUGUUAG